CCCAAGGCAUUGAGUGACAGGUACCAGGUGCAUGCUGGAUCUGGCUAACAUAAGCUACAUGCAAAAUGCAAACAUGUAGUUCCUCCAGGUGACUUCUGAGUCACUGAGGAACUUUGACCUUCAGUGAGGUGUGUGAGGCCUUUCUGCUGGCACCUAAAAGUAUCUUUUUAGCACCGAUAUCUGAAAAAAUCCAAAUGAUACCCAACCCUAGUGACUGCAGAGCCUCCUUUCAGCUCAAAAUGUGGAGUGCAUUGGUACAGAGUUGAGCCAAGUGGACAGAGACACUGAGUGAACCGGUUACAUGAAUGAAGGAGGAGAGAAGUUGAACCUGGAGCAGAUUGAGGAAGACUUUGCGGUGCUCAAGACUCAAGGAUGAUGUUCAGACUCACCAACUGGAUGCUGGACCCAAAGGACUGUGACGUGACAUCCAGUCAUAAGAUUUCCUUUUCUAUAAUUGACAUAUUGGAUCCGAACAAAUUCAACAGCAGAAGGGGAAACGAACUUUCCAAGGAGAAGUUGCCACAUGAAGAAGAGGAUGGAACAAGUUUGGAGUCGGACAGCACUGCAGGAGGAGACUUCAGAGAUGAGCGCACGAAAGCAGGUGAAGAGACAGGAGAUGAACACUUUCCAUCCUCCAUGCAUCACGCACACAUUGCCGACCCCCUCCUGCUCUCCCCACUGGCUGAAACAGAGCCCGGUCUCACCGGGGAGCAGGACUACGGAGAGUCAGCCGCCGCCGCCGCCACCCAGCAGCAGGACCCCUCAACGCACAAGCGGCGGCGCACGGACCAGGCAUGCGCCAAACCACGUCGAGCCAGAACGGCAUUCACGUACGAGCAACUGGUGGCUCUGGAGAACAAGUUCCGCUCUACUCGGUACCUGUCCGUGUGCGAGAGACUAAACCUGGCCCUGUCCUUGAGUCUGACGGAAACCCAGGUGAAAAUCUGGUUCCAGAACAGGAGGACCAAGUGGAAAAAGCAGAACCCCGGUGCGGACAGCACCUUGCAGCCCGGCUCCAACUCCCUGGUCAACGUCAGUCCAAACCCGACCACCUGCGGGGCUAGUUCCGCCGGCUUCCACCAAACUUUCCCCAACUUCAGCUCCGGGAAUGUGAUCUUCCACACGGCCGGAGGUGUUCCGCUUUCAUCCACUGGAGGGCUCUUGCAUCCCUUCAUGUCCAGUGGUUUCGUCCAGCCGACUUAUUUUAAUCCACAUCUAUGAGAGAGAAGCCUGACAUGGUGCAGCUGGUGAUGCUGGAACAAAAUGACUUAUUCACAGCUGAACUUUUACCACCCCAGAAACAUUGUGAUUGUUGCAUUAAUGCCAUAUCAUUGUCUACUAACUGAGGAGAAAACAGCUUUUAUCAUGUCCCAUUACCAUGUUCCUCAUCUGGGUCACCUUUAAAGGAAAUUAAGCCUUCCUUAUAUGAAGGUCCCAGUAGGAUGUUGACUGUCUUUAAUCGUUUGUCAUGGACCUUUUUCCAACAUCACAACAAAAGGCCAAAUGUGUCACUGAGCCCAACAGUUAUUCAAACGUUCAUGUUCCUGUGACAAAGACUGCACCACUGAUUGUCUGUCAUUGUAUUUGCUGCAACACCUGCUCACGCUGUAAAUCUGACAGCUCAUAUUAUACAGUAUCAUUUUCUGCAUCAGUGUACUGUCUUAACGUACGUCUCAAACUGUGCCAUAUUGCAACCGUCCAACACCCAGCUGUGUGUCUGCCUCUCAAAAGGCUUGAACAGCUCGCGUUGCUGUUGCCAUUUAUACAACAUUAUCAGUGUAAGUUAAUUAAAAAAACACAUAAAA